AUGUCCUCCGUCAGUCCUGACCGGGAAACGAGCGGAGGCCAGUGCCGGGGUGGUCUCGAGCCGCAGACCGUUUUUGUUAUUCUGGAUUCUGCUGAAAGUCUUAACGUGCUACAGGUGGAGUCUGGCAUUGUUGCUGACAUCGAAGUGGACACCCUUGUGUCAUCAGACUGUGACACCUUCUACCAGAUCAAGAGUCAACCCAUCCAUAGCAGUGCUUCAGCGAACACUUCCUCAUCCUCAUCCUUGUCGUCCUCCUCAGUGGCAGUCGCUAUGCCCUCCAGGGUCUUAAUGCGUCAGGAUCUGAUGCGACAGCAGGCUCUGGAGGAGGAGCAGAAGGAAGCGCAGCAACUUCUGCGUCUGCCCACUGCCUCGUCGUCGUCCCCUGUCUGUGUCAGCGCGCCCUCCUGCGGACCCCCUGCUCAGGUCCCAGUAGAGGUGUUGAAGGUGCAGACCCACCUGGAAAAUCCAACGAGGUACCACAUCCAACAGGCGCAGAAGCAACAGGUCCGACGGUACCUUUCCACCUCGGUCAGGCCCGCCAGUCAUAAUGCUUCCGGAACGUCGUCGAUCUCCUCCCCCAGUAACCAGCAUGCUCUUAGCAGCCCUAAAUUGGAGAUGGAAGAAACGGUUAUUGAUGACAUCAUCAGCCUAGAGUCCAGCCUGAGUGAUGACUUUUUGACGCUGCUUGACUCGAGGAAUCAGCUCGCCACCACGCUGCCGGUGGCAGCGACGGGAAACAUGGUGGAUGUCUAUGGAGAGAGUGGCGGAAAAACCACGCCGUCUGUCACCAUUAGCAACAGCUGCCCUGCUGAUCUGCUCACAGUCAAACAGGAGCCAAACAAAGUUGAUGCCAAAACACUGAUGAAGGAGCGGCAGAAGAAGGACAAUCACAACCUCAUCGAGAGGCGACGACGCUUCAACAUCAAUGACCGCAUCAAAGAACUAGGCGCGCUCGUCCCCAAGACGCCCGACCCGGAUGCCAGGUGGAACAAAGGAAGCAUCCUGAAGGCUUCGGUGGAUUACAUCCGAAGACUUCAGAAGGAACAACAACGAGCUCGUGACAUGGAAGAAAGACACAAGAGAUUGGAGCACACCAACAGAACUCUGAUGCUGCGCAUACAGGAAUUAGAACUACAGGCAAGCCUCCAUGGCGUUCCUUAUUCUUGUAUGGAGAGUGCCACGACCGACUCGCGAGCCUUCCUCUCCACGGCGACCAAGGGCACUGUCACGCCAUCGUCAGAUAUGCUCGGCUUGGCGGAUCUGAAUGAACUUAAUGGUGGCACCGAUGGCUUCUCUUCAGACCUGUUAAACGACACGGGUUUCGCGGCGCUAGAUGACUUUGGAGACAUUCUGAUGGAGGACAGUGGCCUGAUGUCACCCGCGGGUGGCGCAGACCCCAUGUUGUCAUGUGGGGCGUCACGCUGCAGCAGCAGGACGAGUAGCAUGGAUGACGACCUCUGA